AGUUUAUAAAAUUGUUACCAAAUGUAGUAUUUGAAUAAAUAAAAUUUUCGAAAUAAAAAAUAAUCGGAUUGAAUUGUAAAUUGACGGGCAUUUACGAUGGCGGACGAUUUUCAAAACUAUUAUUUACAAUUACAACAGGUGGAAGCAGCUUUGUUAUCCGAUCCCAAUAAUCGGGAACUAUUAAAGUUAAAACAAGAUUUAGAGGAGGUGAUUGCAUUGAGCAAAGAUUUAAAAUCACAAGCAGAUGGCGAUGAUUAUUUACCGACUGAUGGUGGAUCUGGGGGCCUGUCAGAUGAUGGAGACACAGAUGCCACAAAAACUUUAUUAACAUCCGAAACGAAACUCGCAUCCUUACAUGGCGCGUCAACAUCCUCACGAAAAUCAAACACAACGGUUAAACGAGAAUGGAAAGUGGGUGAUCGAUGUUUAGCAAAAUGGGCUGAAAAUAGUCAAUUUUAUGAGGCGGUUAUUGAUAGCUUGUUGCCCGAUGGUCAAGUUAAUGUCACAUUUUUAGCGUAUCAGAAUCGAUCCACGACUACCGUCGACGAAUUAAAGGAAAUUAAGGAGAAAUUUAUUGACGUUCAUGGUGAUAGAAAUAAAAAACAUUUAAAAUUAAAUCAAAGAGAAUACUUAAAGAAGAAAAAAUUGAAAAAACAGCAACGUUUCAAAGAAUUAGAAGCCGAACGUGAAGUCGAAAAAAAUAAAUGGUUAGCAUUCAAUACGAAAGCUGCGAAAAAAGGUGUCAAAACAAAAAGUAUUUUUGCAUCACCUGACAACGUCAACGGACGUGUUGGGAUCGGUACUUGUGGUAUGAGUGGAAAACCUAUGACAGAGUUUACGACUGCCGAAAAGUGGAAGAAAAAUUAGCAUUACCUUCAACUAUAUAAAUUUGUACUUUUGUUUUUCUUUUAGACCGAGAGCUUGUCCGCUAUACUUGACAAUCAUUUCAGAAACAGUUAUCAAAGUCUUGGAUAAGAAAUACAAUCCGCAAUCCGCUUGGUCUUUUUGAAUCCUACCAGAGCUCAUUUUAAGACUCGGAAAUUCAAGACCAUUUGUAAAAGUAUAUGAAAAGUUAUUGUUUCCAGUAAUUUCCAGUCGUUCUGAAAUGAUUGUCAAAUAUUACGCCAGGCACUAAAUUUAUGUUUUUGUAUAAACGAAAAUCAUGCAUAUUUUUACGUUCUUUAUAGUCGAGUCAGAUAAACUUUUUUUUUGCGUCAAAAAGUUGAAAAAGCCAGUUUAUUGACCAAAUUUUCUUAAAAUCAAACAGUUUAGCUACAAUUUGUACCGAAUGCCGUGAAAAAUCCUGUGUUUGUUAGUAAAAACGAUCUAAUAUUUGGUUUGAUUGACGAAAAAUUGACCUGAAAAAACCUACAAAUAUCAGGAAAUUUUAAUUUUCUGGAAAUGUCAGGAUUUAAGGUGUUAUUUCCAAUUGUGAGCGCAAAAAAACAUGUUUUUAUGAGUUUUUUUUUGGAAAACGUAUACAUGUAGGACAUUUCUUUAAUUUUAAGAUCCUAUUGUUCGAUUUCAUAAAUUUGAUAUGGUACUGCUCCUGUAGACGAUUUCCUGGAGGUCCUCCAAAAAAAAGUGUCCGGCGGUGCGUACCAUAUCUCUCGUUGGAUUAAAUCGAUAGAUGAAUACAGGUAUUAAUCGAAGUAAUAGUCAAAAUUGUGAUUUAUAACAAAAUGGCGGCUUCCAAAAAAUUUCCAACUUCAAAGUGAUUUAAAAUAUCGAAAUAAUUUUCAGAAAUCUUAUUCUUUCGAUUUAUACCUGGGAAAAAUAUCUAAGAAGAUUGUGUAAAAAUUCGAAACCGAUUAGUCAAGCCGUUUCGGAGAAAUCUUGCUCAAGGAUUUUGAAAACCCUACUUCGAAAAAAACAAUGCCUUUAUCUUUGUGAAUAUUUCUCGGAUCAACUUGAAACUUUAAGAGAAUAUACUUUGUACAUUGCGGAAAUGCAUGAUUCUUUGAAAAUUCUAACUGAAUAUAACCCUUUAAGAAAAGGUUUAACGGUAUUUUGACCAAGGUGUUAAUCUCCAAAUCAAAAUUUUCAUUCUCAGGAAAAUAUGAUCUUGAACGAAACAACCACCAAAUCUUUUGUCUUCCUAAAAUUUGAUAACAUCAAGGUGGUGAGUGCCCUCAAUAAUCUUGAAAACCUGGGUAUUUUGGGGGAAUUUUGAGACUCUAAAAAUGUCAAAGUUUAGUUACUAAAUUUUAUUUUCGUUCAGGGAAAAUGAUAAAAAUAUUUUGUGUCUCUUGAGAGAUUGUAAAUCCGGUUUUUUAUAGAAAUUCGAAUCCAAGCUAUUUUUUUUUUUUACAAUCGAUUUCUUGUAAAAUGGAAAAUUUCCAAAGGAUUGUAGGUUUUCAAUGAAUCACGGCGUAUUCGGAAUAAUAUUGAAAAAUUAUUGUAAUAUAUACAUUUCUUCUGGAAAAUUUUUUAAUUUCAAUUUUUUCGAAAAAAAUAAACUAGAAACAAAGAUAAUUUUUGCGAAAUUUUGAUGAUUUAAUGAUAAUGAUUAUCCACUUGUAUUUUGUUGUGUUGACUAAGGUCGGGGAUACGCGAACGUUUAAUUCGACGUUCAUGUUUUUUUUUUCCGAAAAUAAAUUUUUCCAAUGUUCACAUGCUCAAACUUAUUAAUAAUAACGCGAAAAAUUUUAUUAUUAAUGAUAUUUUCGUGACAACUUUUUCAAUAUUCGUAGACAAUAGGACAAUCGAAUCGCAAAAUUUUUCGUUUACCAAUUCGCCAUCAAGUACAAAAAAAAAACAAAAUUAAUUUUUCGGUAUUUUAUGCGAUAUUUAUGAUUGCGCGCAUUUACGAACGUAUUUUUAAAACGGCUGUGUGACCCCGACCUAAAUUUAAUUGUUAGGAAUUAAUUAUAAAUAUGUAAAUAUUCUUAAAUAAAUUGAUAACUU